AUGGCAUCAAAUAGAAGAAAGGCUGUUUUCCUUUGCCACUGCUCACGAUCGCUACCUCUAUCAUCUGCCUUCCUUCUCCUCUUCGCGAUCCUGCCCUCCUCGUCCAUAGCUCAACUCAGUGACCCGGCGUCCACGAACCCUACGCCGCCAGGCGCUGGCAGUGGCAGUGGCAAUGGCAAUGCUCCUACAACUUUCCAAACCUCAGUCUCCUAUUCUGCUACAAACUCCAACUCCCAACCGAGUCCAAGACCAACACAAACCCAGCUCUCUGCCUCAAACAACAAUGACAGCAGUAACGACGACGACGGAAUAAGAGGAGUCAGCCGUCGCUUCUCCAACUACACCUACGCCAUCGUAGGCGUCAUUGCCCUGGUCAUCCUCCUACUAAUCAUCUGCAUCGGCAAGCGUAGAAAGCAGAAAGCGGCCACCGUGCGCCUCAACUCCCGCGCCGCGCUCGCGCGAGACGUUGAAGGCUACCGCGCCCGCUUCGGGAUCGGGAGGGCGGGGAUGCGGAGGGCGCACGCGGGUGGUAUGAGGAUGGGCGUUGCGCCGCCGGAGAGGACGGAGGGCUUGAAUGAGGAGGGCGAAGCUCCGCCGCCUUACAACCCCGGGAGUAAGCCGCCGAGCGUGAGGAGUACGGAUGGUGUGAGGGAGGGAGGGAGAGCCAGAGAGGUGGAGAUGCAGGAUAUACAGGAUGUGACCAGACCGAGACGUGGGCCGCCGGGGUAUCACGAACCGACGAGCGCCGGGUCUGGGUUGGAUGGAACCGCUACGGAGGGAGAUGGGGUGGUUGUGCGGCCCGCUGCGGCUGUUACCGCUGGACCGCGGGCCGUAUCCAUAAGGAGCUUUCGCAGCAUCCCGGAGAAUUCGGGGAGGUAG